UAAUCAAUCCGCAAGAGAGCUAUAAAACCUGCAAGAGAGCCGGACUUUAACAUCACUCACCAGCUCUAAUGUACACGAUUAUAAAGUCAGCAGAGCAUUAAUAACUCAAUGGUCAGAGUUUUAUGGCUUUAUCUCGUAGAGGCUAAGUGAUAGUCUGUUAGUUUGCUCGCUCUUUCCAGAGGAAAUCACUUCAUUGUCUCAAAGCUCCGCGUUUGUUUGUGAAGUGAACUGUGUGAAAAUAAGGAUGGCGGUGUCUAAAUCUACUUUAUCAAUCGCUUUUAUAGUUCUGGGAGGUUUGGCGGUUUUAUUCGGGACUGUGCUGGUGUUUGUCGGACCUAUUAUAAUAGACGAUCAAAUAGUGAAGAAUAUAGAGAUUAACCCGAACAACGGACUCUCCUACACUAUGUGGAAGGACAUCCCAGUUCCCUUCUUUAUGUCUGUAUAUUUCUUUGAUAUUGUCAAUCCUAAUGAAACCUUAGAUGGAGAAAAGCCCACGGUGGUACAGAGGGGGCCGUAUGUGUACCGAGAAAACCGCUGGAAGGACAAUAUCACAUUCCAUAACAACCACACAGUCUCUUAUAAGGAAUAUCGGCAGUAUUUCUUUGAGGAGAGCAUGUCUGUGGGAGAUGAAUCCGACAUGGUCACCAUCCCUAACAUGCUAGUGCUGGGCGCAUCAGUAAUGAUGGAGAACAUGCCCUUGCGUGUACGCUUGCUGCUAAGCAGGACGUUCAAGACCUUCAACGAGGGACCUUUCUUGACAAAGCCAGUUGGAGAACUCAUGUGGGGCUAUGACAGCAAGUUGGUGGACUUCCUGAACAAUUACCUCCCUGGAAUGCUCCCAACCAGUGGGAAGUUUGGCUUAUUUGCUGAGUUUAACAACUCCAACACUGGACAGUUCACUAUCUUCACUGGUCAAGAUGACAUCCGGAAAGUUCAUAUGGUGGACUCUUGGAAUGGCCUGAAAAGCGUGGAUUACUGGAGUUCUGAACAGUGUAACAUGAUCAAUGGUACAGCGGGUCAAAUGUGGCCUCCGUUCAUGACUAAACAGUCGACGAUGCCCUUCUACAGCCCUGAUGCAUGCAGGUCCAUGGAGCUGGUGUACCAAAGGCCAGGCGUGUCACGCGGGAUUCCCGUGUACCGCUUCGUGGCCCCAAAGACUCUUUUUGCCAACGGUUCAGAUUAUCCUCCCAAUGAAGGCUUCUGUCCUUGUCGACAGUCCGGCCUUCUCAACGUCAGCACCUGCAGACACAAUUCCCCUGUGUACAUCUCCCAUCCACACUUUUUUGAGGCUGAUCCCGUUCUUUUGGACACUGUCAAUGGAUUGAGCCCAAAUGAAGAUGAACAUGGGCUUUUCAUUGAUAUCCACCCGGAGACUGGAGUGCCAAUGAACGUUUCCAUUCGGCUGCAGCUCAACCUGCUCAUCAAGAGUGUGUUUGGCAUCACAGAAACAGGAAAAAUAGCUGAAGUGGUGAUGCCCAUGAUCUGGUUUGAAGAGAGCGGCUACAUUGAUGGUCCCGUUCUCAACACGUUCCGCACCAAUCUGGUGGUGCUGCCCAUGGUCAUGGAGUACAUGCAGUACAUCUUCAUCGGUCUCGGACUCGCAGGCAUUUUGGGGGCCGUGGUGUUAUACGUCAGUGACAAGGUAAAAAGUAGGAUGGUUGGUCAACCCUACACAGAUGUGGAUCCGUCCAGCUCAGCUAGUGAAAAGACCCCAUUACUUCAGAGCCCAACAAGCUAAAGCCAUUAUCCACAUCACCGCCUACUUUCAUAAUAACAAAUAAAACUCAUUUUUUAAAUAUUGGGGUUGAAUGAAUGAACUGGUUUUAGUACAGACUAUUCUGUGUGCUGAAGGGGAUUUGAUGUGGAUUACCAAGUAUGAGUGAGUCCGUUUUAUUUGUGUUUUUUGUUUGGGUCAAAAGUGCUGUGCGGGGUCAAUACAAAAUUUUAAAAAGUUAGUUUUUGACACUUUCAAAUUUAAUACUUGGGAUGCUAAGCCAGCACACAUUUCUCAACGCAUGUUUCCUGUAUUCUGUCUGUAAAAGCACUUGUAUGUAAUUGAUGUAAAAUAUUCUUAAAUGUG